AUGAUGCGCUCCGUGACCGCCGCUAUCUGCCGACCCGCAGCUCUGCGCCGUAACUACCCCGCCGCUUCCUCCACCAAGCAUUUCAGCACUGAUUCUUCCUCUUCGUCCUCUCCAACCUACAACGCCGAGUCGUCUGCGCGCACCCUCAAGCUGCUGGAACGGCGCAAGGUUUCAACACUUGAUAUUGGCAUCUUCAAGCGCAAGAAGAAACCAAUCACGAUGGUCACGGCCUACGACUACCCGUCGGCAGUGCACGUGGAUCUAGCGGGCUUUGACAUUCUGCUGGUUGGAGAUUCUCUGGGAAUGGUGGAACUGGGAAUGGAUACAACAUUGCCGGUGACUUUGGACGAUAUGAUCCACCACACGCAGGCUGUCAAGCGGUGGGAAGGAGGAGCGGAUUGCGUGAAGAUCGAGGGAGGCAAAGAACGUGCUGAAACAAGUACAAAAUACGCUUUGGUCCGUGUUAAAACGAUCGUUGAUGGAGGCAUUGCCGUGAUGGGACACAUUGGGCUUCGGCCACAGCACAUAAGUGUUCUGGGAGGGUUCCGCGCCCAGGGCCGCACGGCUGCUCAAGCUCGAAUGAUCAUCGAAGACGCUUUGGCUGUGCAGAAGGCUGGUGCCUUUGCUGUUGUGCUGGAGUGUAUCCCAUCGGCCGUUUCCAAGGCUGUGACGGAGCUGCUGAAGAUUCCGACGAUCGGUAUCGGUGCUGGUCCCGAGACGGAUGGCCAAGUGCUGGUCUUUCAUGAUCUCCUGGGGAUGCUCCAGCAUCCGCAUCACGCUCAGUUCGUCCCCAAGUUUUGCAAGCGAUACGCUGACGUUGGCGAACAGAUCCGCAUCGGCCUGGAGAAUUAUCGUGACGACGUGGAGAGCGGCCGUUUCUCGAGCGAGGCCUACUCUCCAUAUAAGAUGUCGAAAGACGAGACCCAGAAGCUGCACGAUAUGCUGGCUGACGAGUACAGUCAGAAGGACGACGAUGGACAAGAAGACAUGGCUUUCUCGGAGGUCACGAAAGUCUACUAA